GGCCCGGCAGCCAUGCAGUCGUCCUGCUCGGCGACCUCGGGCGGCAGCGGCGGGGGCGGCGGCGGGAAGUCGGGGGGCAUUGUCAUCUCGCCGUUCCGCCUGGAGGAGCUCACCAACCGCCUGGCCUCGCUGCAGCAGGAGAACAAGGUGCUGAAGAUCGAGCUGGAGACCUACAAACUCAAGUGCAAGGCGCUGCAGGAGGAGAACCGCGACCUGCGCAAAGCCAGCGUGACCAUCCAAGCGAGGGCUGAGCAGGAAGAAGAAUUUAUCAGUAACACGUUAUUCAAGAAAAUCCAGGCCUUGCAGAAGGAGAAAGAAACCCUUGCCGUGAACUAUGAGAAAGAAGAGGAGUUUCUCACCAAUGAGCUGUCUCGGAAGCUGAUGCAGCUGCAGCAUGAGAAGGCAGAGCUGGAGCAGCACCUGGAGCAGGAGCAGGAAUUUCAGGUCAACAAGCUGAUGAAGAAGAUUAAGAAGCUGGAGAAUGACACCAUCUCCAAGCAACUCACGUUAGAGCAGUUGAGACGGGAGAAGAUUGACCUGGAAAACACGCUGGAGCAAGAGCAAGAGGCUCUGGUGAAUCGGCUGUGGAAGAGGAUGGAUAAGCUGGAAGCUGAAAAGAGAAUCCUACAGGAGAAAUUAGACCAGCCUGUGUCUGCCCCACCAUCGCCUAGAGACAUCUCCAUGGAGAUUGAUUCUCCCGAGAACAUGAUGAGGCAUAUCAGGUUUUUAAAGAAUGAAGUGGAGCGGCUGAAGAAGCAGCUGCGAGCCGCCCAGUUACAGCAUUCCGAGAAGAUGGCCCAGUACUUGGAGGAGGAGCGGCACAUGAGGGAAGAGAACCUGAGGCUGCAGCGGAAGCUCCAGAGGGAGAUGGAGAGAAGGGAAGCGCUGUGUCGCCAGCUCUCCGAGAGCGAGUCCAGCUUGGAGAUGGAUGAUGAAAGGUAUUUUAAUGAGAUGUCAGCACAAGGAUUAAGACCUCGCACUGUGUCCAGCCCAAUCCCUUACACGCCUUCUCCCAGUUCCAGCAGGCCUAUAUCACCCGGUCUUUCCUACGCGAGUCAUACGGUUGGUUUCACACCACCAACCUCCUUGACCCGCGCCGGGAUGUCUUACUACAACUCUCCAGGCCUCCACGUUCAGCACAUGGGAGCCUCUCACGGCAUCACGAGGCCGUCGCCACGGAGAAGCAGCAGUCCUGAUAAAUUCAAAAGGCCCACGCCUCCUCCAUCUCCCAACACACAGAGCCCAGUCCAGCCACCUCCGCCACCGCCUCCGCCCCCCAUGCAGCCCGCGGUCCCCACGGCAGCCCCAUCCUCGCAGCCCGCCCCGUCCUCGCAGCAGCCGCAUUUGGUGCACCCCUCCUCCCAGCCUUAAUGCAUGAGCUUAGUCAGAAUUUCAAGUCGGGACUCGUCUGAUGGAGCGCCUUCUCAACGCCAAAGGCUUCCUUCCUGGCCUAUUUGGAUCUGAUGUGUUUGCACUGAGGUUGUCUAGCUGCCCUCCUCGUAGUGUCGUGAAUGUUCGUCAGAAACGCAGCCGGUGUUGCGGGUCCUGCAACACUAACCAGAUGACUUUUUCCAUCGGUGUUUUACUUGAAUCUCCGUGUCCGUCAUUCCCUGGCUGGAACAUUGCUAUCUGGUAUUUGGUCACAAGAAGCAGUGUGCAAAACCCCACACCCGACGCCCGGCCCCAGGGCUUCUCUUCUUGGCUUUUAGGUCUGUCAAAUAGGAAAGAAAAUCUCAUUUUAGAACGUUCUUCUGUGAACUUGCAGGAGUUUACUGAGCUGUUAGUAACCCUCCUUCUCCAGGUCACAGGGGAGUUUACCAAACUAUACCAAGAAUCCGAGCACUACAGUACAGUUCAGACCUUUGCAAACCUAACUUAUGAGUAUAGGAUCGGAAGUGAGAUGAAUCGGUGCCCACAACACGUCUAGUGUAGAGCUUUCUACAAGACACACUUUUUACAGGUUGUUUUUUGACGUAAAUUGACCGCGUGUCUCUUGUAAAGCGGCCUACAGACACAAAUCACACAGGUGUAGCUUCUCCCCGUGCGUGGGGUGGGAACUAUCGCCUGUUGAGAUGCGAUUCCAUUCCUUUCUCCUUCAAGUUAAGCCACCUAAGCCGGUCCCCUCUGCCGUGAGCAGGUAGAUGCCUUCCCUCUGGUGAUCUUGAUGGCUGACUCCAGUGCUGUUUUGGAGCUUUGCUGCAGGGGCCAUGAGAUUGUAACAGAGCCGAAAUGGUGAUACCCCCGCCCCCCAUUCUUUUGUGCUGUCCUGAGCCAGGGUGCAUAGGUAUUUCCCAGGUACAAAACACUCUUAGGAAAUACUGUUUGAAGUGUCGGUGGCAUCUUAGCGUGAUGGCCAAGGGGCACUUGACAGAGAGGAAGCGUAGCCAGCAAAGGAGCUCAUUGGCCUUGCUGGCAACUCACGGUGCCCAUCGUAAGUAAGCCAGGAGAGUACCGAGGAGGUUCUGAACAUGAUUGCCAUUUAUUCGGCACAAAUCACUGCGGGUGGAGCGCCGUGUGGCUCUGUUACCUUCAUUUCUGUUUGUCGGCCGUUACUUUGUGCUUUCGUAGUCAAGUGCUUUUUCCCUGCCUGUGUUUGCAUAUUUAUAUAUGCCGUGGAUGAAAAUAACUUACUAGAGAAUGUAUAUUUUAUGAUGAGAAACGUGAAUCUGUUGGAUAUAAUCAGAGAACUGAAAAUUAAUUUAUCAGUCAUUUUCAAGAGUUCAUGUUUGUGACAGCCAUCUCCAAUAGCGACUCCUCACGGAACACACUCCUGAGAACAAGGAAAUACCCUGGUGACAUUGUAGAUAUUUAAUAUUGUACAGUCUAGGAACCUCCAUUUUUGCCUUCGAAUGCAUAUUUAAGAGCUAACAGAAUGAGAAAAGCGUUAUGGGAUGCUAGUGUUGGACGGCCUUUUAAGGACUUGAGGAUAAGAACCACCGUAGGACCUUUCACCUCUUCUCUUCCUCCCCUACACUGAGAAUGUUACCCUCCGACGACCAGGAAGAAACUGUCGGUCUGUGAAAGUUUUAUUUUUAAGAUGUGUGUGUGCGCGCGCGUGCGCACGCGCGAUGUACCAGCCAUGGUGCCGUUAUCAGACCCAGGGUGGAGGCUGGCGCUGUCGAGGCGGUAGGUUUUCAAUGUCAGACUAAACCCGGGCAUUUCUCCAGCAACUUCCUGACCCUCUUGGUACAUGACCAUUCCAGGGAAAUUCUGAGGCUAGGGCGGAAGAAUUCUUCCUUCACGGUACAGUCUUGAGGUUUUUUUUUAUUUUAUUUUCCUUGCGAGAGAAAUUUGGUAUGUGUUUACAAGACUUUUCUGGGAUUGUAGAUUUCAGUCCUGCUGGCUAGCGGCUUCUACUCCAGCACACAAGUCCGUUCUGUAAAGAUCUCUCCCCCGCCACUCAUCAGCUUAGCCGCCUCCUAGAAGCACAAAAGCAAAGGCUCCGCUGUGCGGCAAGCAGAGCCUCUCAGAGCUAGGUUCUUGGCGUUCAGGCUUGUCUCGGACAAUGUCCCGCAGAUCCCUCUAGACCCCUCCCUUCCCUCGAAACGUUCCUCUCUCAGCACUUUUUAGCGCAAUCCAGUUGCUUCUCCCUGCAGGCAGCAAGACCAAGAGAACAAACACUACAUCUGAAUUUAGGAGACUUUGUGUUACUUUGGAAGCCAGCAGUGAUAGGAAAGGGAAGCAGCUGCUGAGCCCCCAGAGACAGGAGACUCCUUACUACGGGGAAACCCUUCCUAGGUGGGUUGGGGCCAGACAUGGCGCUCUGGGGUUCAGUUCCCUUCUCUCACGGGCUGACUCUGGAUUAACAUCAGUAGCCAUCCUCAGCAGGUGAGAGCGACAGUACCAUCGGUGGCUCCACCUCCUGUCGUGUUGACAGAGACCCUCGGGUACCACUGUGCUGCUAAGAGGUUGAGGGUCUCUUCCCAGACACCCUCGCCUUCAUACAGAACCCAGUCUACAAACCCAGCGCCCAGCGCCUCUGGGCUCUGACCUGCUUUCUCUUGUCAAGCAUGCUGGCCUUCUAGACAGACUUCUAGACCUUUGGCCAAUGUGGAAGUGUUUAGGAUUUUAUUUAUACGUCUUGGUUGAUUGGAAAGGAGACAACAGUUGGCGGGUGACCACGGAAUGAAUGUGUGACCAGAAUGUGGCUUUGACACCUCAUGCUGCUGUGCCUUUGUCAUUGGCUUCUGAUUCGACCAGAUAUAAUUCAUAAUGUGAAUUUUUGUUGAUCCUUCAGCUGUAGGAAAACAGUGUGUAUCCUCCAUUGUUGGGUAGGGUAGACGUGAUCUUGCCCUAUACAAAGCUCUGCUCUUAAAGAUAAACCCAGGAGGACAGGAAAAAGCAUGGCGAUGCAUGCUUCAGAAAGGGUGUUUUUUAAAAGUGUGGGAGAAAGUUUCCUGUGUAACUUUAUCUUCUGUCUAGUGCUUGUCUCAUAGGAUAACCAAUGCUGAGAGCUUGUAGCGAUGACUACCAAAGACAUGCGUAGUAAAGCUUCAAUUUCCAAUGAUUAAAGAGCCAGCCAUUGACGCUGUUCCAUGGUUCCUUCUCAGGAGCCAUUGGGAAAGACUAAAAGAUUCUUAGGGGUUUUUUUUUGUUAAGUUUUAGUUGUUUUUUUUUUAAAUUUUUUGAUAAAAAUGGGUUAGCCUACCAUUUUGGGGAGCAUUUUCCAGAAUGCUCAGCAGUUGUGAUUACUGGCCACACCCAGGUCGCCUGUCCUUGAGUGAUCAGUGAGAUCCUCUGUGUGUGCAAGCAUGGGUGCUGUGUGUGUGCACGUGUACGUGUGUGCAUUCAUGCCUUAACUUGGGUUACUGCUCAACUUCGCUGUUUGACUCGGUCCUCAACAUCAUCAGAUUGUAUUGUGCAUCUUGAUCUGAACUUCAUCCUGGCCAAAAAAAUAAAUAAAUAAUUUAAAAAACACACACACAAAAAAAAGAUUGCAGGCACCACAGGUUGGAAUGCAUUCCUUCGGAAGACUGUCCAGUCAGAUGCACCCUGAGUUGUUUCCACAGACUUUUAUUUGGGACUUCAUUUGGAAAGAGAGCAGACUGUCAAAUGGGAAGAUGUCAACAAGGAAGAGAGGAGAGCCAAAUGCUAGCAUGCCCUCUGCCUCUGCACACCCGUGUGCUCUGUGUGUCGUUCUGAUAGCCUGUCUACAACUUGACUGGCUUGGAGUUCAGGUAAUGGUGGCAAUCCUGACCUUCUCUGUUGGAGUUUAGAGAGACGUAAGAUGUCCAGUUAAUGUCUUAUUUCCUUUAUGUUGAUCAGUCUUUAAUACAUGUGCUGACUCAGAAAACCUAAAUAAAGAUAAUUUUUUAAAAUGUA